GACAAUACGAGAGCUAAGCAAGAAUCUCUUAUAGCUCUUAUCAUGUUUAUGUUCUCGACAUAAUGGAGACCGUGGAACUGCCAGAGGACGUUUCACUGAGGACACAGUUCACCGUCGAUGAUCUGGACAUAGAGAUAUUGCCGCUUAUUUAUGAAAUUAUUCGCAGCAUUGAAAAAGAUCCGCAUGACACUACGCAGAAGGCAAAAGAGUCACAGGACACCAGCCACAAGAUCCUAGAAUUACAGAAAAAGUUAGACUCAGCGAGAUCGCAGAUCAAAAGAUUACCAGGAAUUGAAUAUAGUAAAGAAGAACAAUUACAAAAACUCGAGACUUUGCGCAAACAAUUGAGAUUGAAGCGUGAAUUGCUGUUGAAGUAUCGUAACACGUGCACAUUUGAAAUACCGAAAGUGUAGACGUGCGCGUUUUAUACAUUUGUGAGAAAAUAUUGUGGAAAAAUAAUUUUCGAGAAUGCCUUUUUGGAGAGCUUUCUUCCGGUACUUAUUCCAUAAUGAAGACUUUAUCAAUAGACUAGCAGACUCCAAACCAA